AUGGCAGCUACGUCCACCUUUCUCAAUGGAAUUGAUAGUCCUCUCUCCCCGGAUGGUGCCUCCGAUGGCCUCUCCUCGGGCAAAAGAACCACCAAUGCCCUGAACAACAAACUCUCCAGUGUCCUUUCCUCCUCCUACGCCGACCCUGAGAUUCGCCAUGCCCUGCGUCUGCUGGAUGAGCGUCAGAUACAAAACGAUGAGGACACCAGGCGGGAUCUGAAGGCGAAUGCCCAAAUGGAAGUCAUCAAAUGCAAUGCUAUGAUAGUCGAUGAUUUCGGAAGGGUCGCAGAGCAAUUGAAAAGAGUCGGUGCCAUGAUCACAACUUUGAACCAGACCUGCGCAAGCAUGCGCGCCCAUAUCAUCGCCGCAAAGCAAGAAUCCGCGCCCGUGCUCGACGAGGCAUCGACGCUGAUCUCGCGCAAGAAAGAGACAGAAUCGAAGCAGGAUCUCCUCAAUGCCUUUACCGCCCACUUCCUAGUCUCAACGGCCGACCUGAACAUCCUCACUAGCUCCGCUGAACCCCUUGAUGACCGCUUCUUCACCAUCCUGGCCCGCGUCAAGCAGAUCCACCGUGACUGCGAACUGCUGCUGGCCUACGGCGACGACCACGACCCCUCGGGCGAGACACAACCCCCACGCCUCGGCCUCGAGCUCAUGGAGCAGACCACCCGGAACCUCGACGCAGGCUUUAAGAAACUCUACAAUUGGAUACAGCGCGAGUUCAAGGGCUUGGAUCUCGAGGACCCGCACAUCAGCGGCUCCAUCCGGCGCGCUCUACGGGUCCUCAGUGAGCGUCCAACGCUGUUUCAAAACUGUCUGGAUUUCUUCGCCGAGGCCAGGCAGAGCACACUCGCCGAGGCCUUUCACGAUGCGUUGAUGGGCUCCAGUGGUGCGACCAAGGCCAUCGAGUUCUCGACCCAUGAACCUCUGCGGUAUAUCGGUGACAUGCUGGCAUGGGUUCACUCGACAGCAGUGUCGGAGAAAGAAGGACUAGAGGGUCUCUUCGUCUCCGACGCCGACGAGAUCGCCCGUGGUCUCAGCGCCGGAAAGACCAGCGAGCCCUGGGCACGCAUCAAGCGGCGGCAGCCCAGCAUCUCCACUGCCGCUAAUAUACCCUCGUCAUCGUCGUCAGAAAGCGACGAUGACGAAGGCGAGAACGGCAUCACCACUUCCAAAGAACCCAUCUUCGACGGCCGCAAAGCCCUCUCCGAGCUAAUCUCACGAAACCUCGCAACGGUGUGUUCAACACUACAGGCGCGCGUCGAUGUUUCUGUACGCAGCAGCGGCGAUCCAGUCCUGCAGUUCAAGACGUUCAACCUCCUGGACUUCUACAGCGGCAUCUUCGCCAAGCUACUGGGCGGGGAUGCAGACCUCGUGCGCCUCAUCGCCACCAUGCAGGCCAACACGCUCGCACACUUCGAAGCCACCAUGGCCGAGGAAGUCGCACACGCCACCGCGACCGCACACGGUGACGACAACAGCAACACCCCCGGCCCCAACAUCGCCGCAGACCUCACGCCUCCGACGUUCCUCGCCACCGCACUACGGCAAUUCGCCGAGAUCGCACGCACACGAGGCCCACAAAUGACCGAACCCGAGCUCGAAAGACUCUUCAGUGCCACGCUCUCGGGUAUCCUCAAUGUCUGCGCCGAAAACGCCGUCGCCAUCACCAACCCCAUCCGUCGCACCAUCUACAAGAUCAACUACAUGACGGCGCUACGCGCUACACUGGUCGGGACGGUAUCACAGGUAUCGGCGACGAGCAUCCCGCUCGAGAAAGCGGGACACGAGAUCCAGACGCUGCGGGACGCGCUGGUCGCCGAGCUGCUGAACGGCGUGUUCCUCGAGGCGUCGGGCGUGCGCGACCUGCUGCUCGAGGUGGAAGCGCGGCGCGGGGAGGGGGCCCGCAUGCGCAGGAAGUGGCUGGUCGUGCAUCUCGAUGGGUUUGCGGCGCGCUUAGAUGAGUUUCUCGGCGCCGCCCUCAUGGAUGUCCAGGAGCUGUUGAAACCGUUGUUGGACAAGGGCCUCGCGGGCGAUGUGGUCGCCGAGGCGGUCGAGAGGUUUUGUCUCGAAUUUGAUGAGCUUGAGGCUCUGUUGGAGGGCGUGGAUGUUCAAGGUGGUGGUGGUGGUGGUGGAGAUGGGCCGCGAGAGGGUAGAGAGGAGGAUGGCGACGAGACGGAAGGUGAGGACGAGGAUGCCAUGGUCCCGAUACGUGACUUGUAUCCUAGAACGGGUGCCGAGGUUCGAGCGCUGCUCAGUUGA